GCUCACGUUCUCGAAUAUGAUUGGCGGCAAGUCACGUUGUUUACCCCGCACGAUCCCGGAAAAGCUUAUCCGGGGUAAUUUAAAAUCUCUGAAUACGAUGCCAUGUAAGUAUGCUAGUUCACAUUAGCUUGUCCUUCCAACAACCAGCAGCCACCAUCAUGCACGAGUCUUUUACAUCGACCUUGCUCUCAACUGUCCUGCAUAAUCCUUUUGUCUCCCUCGGCAUUGUCAUCGUCGGCGUCCUCUUCACACACAUUCUCUUACCUUACCUUCUGGAUCCUUACUCUCUCAGACGGCUUUCUAUCCCUGGACCACCCGCUGCCGCACUCUCUGACUUAUGGCUUGGCUAUCACAGUGCUAACGGACAUCGUUCCGAAGUCGUUCAUGCUUUACAUGAAAAAUACGGUCGAAUUGUCCGAAUUGCGCCGAACCACGUCUCUAUCGCCUCUCCUGAUGCUCUUCAAACGAUAUAUGCACACGGAAACGGUGCUUUGAAAUCAAACUUUUACGAUGCUUUUGUUAGUAUCCAACGAGGACUGUUUAAUACUCGGGACAGAGCAGAACAUUCACGAAAGCGCAAGCUCGUUUCGCAUAUCUUUUCACAAAAAAGUGUGUUGGAAUUCGAGCCGUAUAUCAGGGUUUAUGUAAAGGAACUCUCAGAGCAGUGGUCGCGACUGUACGAGCUCGCGCUCAAGGGUGAACGAGGAGAUGAAGGUCAAGGCGAAGGCGGAGGCUGGUAUGGACGAGAUGGUCGGCUAUGGAUGGACGUUCUCCCCUGGUGCAACUACCUCGCAUUUGAUAUAAUUGGUGACCUAGCGUUCGGUGCACCAUUCGGUAUGAUUAAAUCUUGCAAAGAUACAGCUCAGAUACCUGCUUCUGGACCCUCUGCAGAUCUCACCGACUCUAAGAGUCAGGUGCAGGUCAAGGAAAUUCCGGCGGUGAAGAUAUUAAACGGCAGAGGAGAAUAUUCGAUGUCAAUGGGUGUUCUACCUCCGGCGUAUCGCCCAAUUGCGAAGAAGUUACCUUGGUUCGCAGCUGGAGCAGCAGACGUCAAAGCUCUUGCAGGAAUUGCAAUCAUGGCUGUGCGUAAACGUCUCGCAGCCCAAGACGCCGGUACUCUUUCAGUUCGCAAAACUGACCUCCUCGAGAAACUCCAGCGCGGAAAGGAUGAAGACGGGAAAUACAUGGGUAAAGAGGAACUUACCGCCGAAGCGCUUACCCUCCUUAUUGCCGGUUCUGAUACCACGUCCAAUUCGACCUGUGCCAUCCUCUACUACCUCGCCCGUACGCCUUCCACUCAAGCCAGACUUCACGCGGAGCUGGAUAAAGCUGUACCGGACAUCGAAUCGCUGCCGCUGACGGUGGAUGAUGUCAAGGCAGAUAAACUACCUUACCUCGAUGCGUGUAUCAACGAAGGUCUUCGUAUCCAUUCUACCAGUGCCCUGGGUCUACCUCGUUUAGUACCCAAAGGGGGCAUGACAGUCGAAGGAGUAACAUUCCCCGAAGGGACCGUUCUUUCUGUACCUUCGUACACGAUUCACCGCGAUACCGAAGUAUGGGGAGACGACACUGAGGAUUUCCGUCCAGAACGAUGGCUAGGCCUGGACGGGGAUCGGAAGGAGUUGAUUAAUAAGACAUUCAACCCGUUUUCGGUUGGACCGAGAGCGUGUGUAGGGCGGAAUUUAGCGUUUUUGGAGUUGCAGGUUAUUGUGGGGAGUUUGGUGAGGAGUUGGGAGUUUGUGUUGGAGCAUGGGUUGGAGCAGGAGCUCCAUACAUCCGAAGGAUUCCUCCGCAAGCCACUUGGAUGUCGAGUUGGUAUUCGGAGGAGGGAUUAGCAAAGAGAAGCAUAGGCUACUUGUACGAAAUGACGGUGGAGUGCAAACUGACUCGAAUUACCUUCGUCCGAUCUUGCGUGUGUAAAAUCUUGUGGAAUGUGUACUACUGCUAUCUGUGUAUAUAGAUACAAUGUAUUAUCUCCCCUCAGAAUAAAAUGUAGACGAUUGCGCGCCUUGCGCAUGCGUUAUUAUUGCA